AAAAAAUCAACAGAAACGGGAAAGAAAAACGGCAAAAAAUAGAACGGGUCGGCGGCGGCUCGAGACUCUGCGACGCCGACGCGGCCGCGGGAAGGAGAGGACUGCCUGCCUCUACGCAAUCCCGCUAUCCUGGCGCCAUCUACGACUCCAAUCUCCGCAGAUCUCUCUUCUCUGGAUAACCACACCAGUCAUGAGGGAAUCGCCUCCGACACAGGAGGAGCCAUCUACAUCUUCUGCGGUUGAUGAUAGUAACUCAGCUGACAGGGUUGAAGAUUCACAACUAUUCCUCUCUGUGCCAGCUUUAAACCAAGCUGCAUCUUAUCUUGCUCAGACAGCUUCAUUCCUCACCCAAUGCCUCCCUGUACCUGGUUAUGUAGGUCUAUCUGAGGAGGACCAAGAAUUAGUAACACUGCCAUCUGCAUCAGCCUCAGGCAGGCUUUCUGUUCAGACUUCUUCAGUAGAGCCUGCUGCCACCAAUUCAUCCCUUGGUCAGGCAGAUAGUGGUAGAAGCCCCUCUCAAGAAAACACAGGACAAAUGGUGCCUUCACAUGUUUUUCAGAAUGGAGCUUCACUGUUCCAAGGCCUUGUUGAGCGUGCUCGGAAAACAGUCCGUGGUUCAGCAGAUGAUAUUGGCUGGCUCCAGCGGGAUCAAAGCUUACCUACAACUGAGGAUGGGACAGCCAGAUUCUUGGAGAUUUUGGACUCUGCAAGAAAAAAUGAGCACAAGCUACCUGAUUCAGUGGUUUACUUGCUGGUUCCAGGUCUGUUUAGUAACCAUGGACCGCUUUACUUUGUCAAGACAAAGGCAUAUUUCUCCAAGAUGGGUCUAGCUUGCCAUAUUGCCAAAAUUCAUAGUGAGUCUUCAGUGAGUAAAAAUGCACGAGAGAUAAAGGAAUACAUAGAAGAAAUAUACUGGGGAUCAAGGAAACGUGUGCUACUUCUUGGUCACAGCAAGGGUGGUGUUGAUGCGGCCGCAGCCCUCUCCCUCUACUGGUCACAACUCAAAGACAAAGUUGCAGGUUUAGCAUUAGCCCAAAGUCCAUACGGAGGAAGCCCUGUUGCUUCAGAUAUCCUACGGGAGGGGCAGCUUGGUGACUAUGUCAGGCUGCGUAAAAUCAUGGAGAUCUUGGUAUCCAAGGUCCUGAAGGGUGAUCUACAGGCUCUAGAAGAUCUGACUUAUGAAAAGCGGAAAGAAUUCCUGCGACAGCACCCGUUGCCUCAGGAUGUUCCAAUCGUUUCGUUCCACACAGAGGCAAGCAUCACUCCCAGUGUGCUCACAGCGCUCUCUCACGUGGCACACUUGGAGCUCCCGAUUGCUGCCGACGGCAAUUCCACCAGGAUCCCAGUUGUAAUGCCGCUUUCAGCCGCAAUGGCAGCAUGCUCGCAGCUGCUGGUGGCAAGGUAUGGCGAGAAGAGCGACGGUCUGGUGACGAGGAAGGACGCCGAGGUUCCUGGGUCAGUGGUGGUCCGGCCGGAGCGGAAGCUAGACCACGCGUGGAUGGUGUAUUCGUCACUGAAAGAAGAGCCCGGGGAUCAGGCGGACACGUCGCAGGUAUGCGAAGCCCUGCUGACUCUGCUUGUCGAGGUUGCACAGAAGAGGAGGCAUGAGAUGGCCAUGAAAGACGAGUGAACAUGAGAUGGCCAUGAAAGACUAGUGAAAGUAAGCUUUUGAUGUUGGCCGGAGAUAGUGAGAUAUAUCAUCCUGUAAUCGUAGACUGGCUGUUGCGGACUGUAUGGUUGACAUAAGCUUGUUAAUAUAAUAAUGAUCUUCUGCAUAUA